GCAAUAAAUUUGAGUCAGCACGACGACAGCUCUGCAGUCCUCCCAUGUAGUGCAGAUCAGGUGGUUGCAGAGCCCCAGCUAGCAGCAAUACGAUGCAGCUGAGGAGGCAAGCACAACCCACAGCCAGCAACUGUAGCUACUCUCGAGAACGACACGACCUCUAAGCUUAAAUCUUUCACGGAAAGGAUGUGCUGAUAUUGCAGAAGAGAUCACGGCAAUGAUGGAAUACCAGAUAUUGAAUACAUCUACCUGUCUGCUGGUCCUUCUGUUUUUCAUACCCAAUGUUUUGGGUAUCUGUCCUUCUAACUGUACAUGCUCAGGAAACAACAGGAAUGUGGACUGUUCAGGCAGAAACUUAACUAUACUGCCACAUGGACUUCAAGACAACAUCACAUAUUUAAAUCUGUCCUUUAACCAGUUCGUAGAUCUCGAUCAUCAGCUAACGAGAUUCACCAAUUUAAGGACUCUUGAUAUUUCUAAUAAUUGGCUCAAGAAUGUUCCUGCUCACCUGCCCAAGUCCUUAUGGGAAUUAUAUGCCAUAAACAACAACAUUAAAGUUCUUCAGAAACUUGACACAGCUUACCAGUGGAAUCUUAAAGUGCUCGAUGUUUCCAGGAAUAUGGUGGAAAGAGCUGUGCUGAUCAACAACACCCUGAGCAGUCUCAAGUUUCUCAAUCUCAGUAGCAACAAACUCUGGACAGUUCCAACCAACAUGCCCUACAACAUAGAGACAGUGGAUCUAUCCAAUAACUUCUUGUCCCAGAUACUCCCAGGAACUCUGCUGAGACUCCAUCACCUUACAAGCCUUUACCUGCACAACAACAAAUUCACAUACAUUCCUGACAAAGCUUUUGACCAGCUCUUUCAGCUGCAAGUAGUAACACUAUACAACAACCCAUGGUCCUGUGGCGAUAAACACAAUAUCCUAUAUUUGCUGAAAUGGGUGCAGGGGACAGUAGCCAGUGUCAUCGGGGCUCCCUGUGCUGACCAAUCUGUGCUCUGGAUGAAUGCCACACUGACCUCAGCAGCUCCCACCAUUUUAGACCCCAGCCUCAUGAUUAAAGGAAUGAAGGCAGCAGACAAAGCUACUUCUCCAGUGGCACCUGGACCAACCAACAUGACGAAAAUGUAUAAACAACUUAAAGCCAAGGAAGUUACCACCUUGGCAUCCUUAAGCCAAUCUGUGCUGUUCACCAGCACCGACCGACCACUACUCCUCUAUCCAGAAGACCCGACAACAAGGAAGGUUAGUUCUCAAGAAGCAGCAGCCACACACACAAUCUACAUCAAAGAUUCAACCCAGGUGAACUCAAGCCUGACUCGUGCAUCAGGAUCAUCCACUACUCCUAUGACUUUAAGCAUCACCAGUGGAAUGCCAACAAACUACUCCAAAACGCCUCAAAGCACAACUGCUACCUUAAGGAGAGAAGAACCCACUACAGAUACUUUGAAUACUCGUGUGCCCUCCAAAGCAAGUAUCUGUGAGACAUAUUUGUUUCAUGUUGUAGUGCUUGUUGCAGUGGCGAUGUUUAUUGGCUAAGGGCUUGCAUCUUGUGAAAAUUACUGAGUUUAUUCCUGAGAUACAUCACUGGAGUUAAGACAUCCGGGUCAAAUAAUGGAUCAAAACACAAGAAAUUCAAAGUUCUGACUCUGAUCUAAAGAAAAUAACAGUUCUUAACUAAAGAGGCGCACACUAAUGUCUUGACACUAAGCUGCUACUUAUUUUAAUGUCUUAAUUGAGUAAAACUAACCUAUGAUUUUGUUUUUAAAAAUGUGCUUAUUUUGUAUUUAAAUUUUUAAUUUUACUUGCACAGAAUAAAACAUCAGAAUUUUAAGUACUGAUUUUAUGUAUGAUUUUGUCAUAAAACAACUGGAAAACAAUAGAAGGCCUGUAUCAUAUCUGCAUUGUCUUGCUUGACUUGCCAGUGAGCCACUCUUGUAAUAUAGCAGCACAGAUUCUUUGUAAGUUACGACGACAUGCAAAAGGAAGGGAAAAAAUAAAGGAACUAAACUUAGCUGUUUCACUAACCAGAAGUUACUCCUAAGAAAAAUCGCUAGCAUGUAUAUCUAUGUUUGCUUCAUAUGUAUUAGGAUAUGUUAAAUACGAAGAACAGCAGUUCUGAAUUUAGGAACUAAAUAUGAUAAUGCCAUGAUGUCUACAAAGGGGGUGUAAACUGAGAAGGCAACAUGGUCCAACCUCAGCAUGGGCAAAGUGGUAGGGGCUGAUAUCUUUUUGCUCUGUCUUGACUUAUAGGCUGCAGGCAAGUUAUUUCUCACUCUCCAUAUUUAAAAAACCCCAAUGGUUAAAGGUAGAGGGAAUCACAAGAUGUUCAAUGCCAUGACACUCUCUAGCACCAAGGAGGUAUCUUCACGAAUUAAUGAAAUGGAACUCCUUUAUUCCAAGUGACAUCCGAAAAUCUGAAGUGUUACUACAUUAUGCUUAGAAGAAUACUGCAAAUCAGCCAAACUACUACGUCUUGACCAGUAAAAUGAAAUUAUCAGCCAAUUUCUAAUGCAACUUAUGCAACAAAUCAAUUAGGCAAUUUGUUGUCCGCUGUCACAGAAACAAUCCUUGAAUUUGCAACGUAAAAAAAAAUAAACUUUCAAUCCAUGGCAUUGAACACACCCAAAUCCUUGCUUUAUAAGGAUGAGCAUGAGUGCUAUUCUCCUCAACACCUGCGCCAUCAGUGAGUAGAAAUAGUUGCACGCAUGGUUCUGUCCACUCUAGGAAAAUAAUAUAAAUCACGUGGCAAAGGUACUCGAUAUACUGCAGAUGAAGUUUUGCAAACAGCAUGAAAUGAAAACUGAAGAACAAGUGAAUUGAAAAAGUAUUAUUCACUUAAUAUUACAAAUCUUUAUACAAUGUUUUUCCAUUCAUUUCAGGCCAUUUAAUUUCCAGUUAUUGUAGCAUAAAGGUGCUGCAAAACCCAGAAAACCUCACUAAUGAGACUGGAGUCCUCUACCUGUUCCUCCUAGGCAUCAAUGAGGGCUGUAGAUCAUUUACAACCACUGGUACCAGAGAAAUCACAACUUUCCAAUUGUGAACAGUAUUUCUAUAAUCAGAAACGUGUUUUAAUUUCUAACAGUAAAUGUUACACAAUGAAUUUGUACAGUUAUUUCAUUGGCAUUUAAGUAAAAAUAAAGUUAUGUUUCUAUUGAACCAAAUUAGUAACAGUGCUUCUUUUCA